AGCACCGGCUUGUAAAAGAGUCCUCCACAGCCACAGCUGCCUCUGUCUCCCGCCUCUAAAACGCGCACAGCAAUGAAUGCCCCUGGGGCGACUGCUGACGGAGACACCGAGACAGAGCCUCGAGGAAGGGGGUGGGUCAGGAAACAGACCCUGGGCUGAAGCAAAGACUCGCUCAUUUACUCACACUGUCAGAGACUCUACACACAGGUGCCCCAAUCUGUGGGAACAAAGAGAACGGAUACUAACCCCAAUCAGCAACUCUUUGGGAGUGCUUCAGUUGGGACUUCUGAAGAGUGGAUUGUAACAGGACCACGGGAUUUGCUCGCUUUUGUGGAUGGGAUUGCUCAGGAAAGAGGUGAAACUUUCGGAGUGAGUAACUUGCAAGACUUGCGGGGUGGCUGUGGGGAAAGGGGGAGGGGAAGAGGUUGUCGGGGUCUGGCUCCAGUCUCAUGGGAGAAAUGCCUUCAACGUGAGGCUUUGUUGAAGAAUGCCUUGGUUUUGAACAGAAGAAACACAUUAAAGAGAUCUACGAGCGCUUGAAGGCGAAAGCGUCUUGGAAGGCAGUUGAAGUGAUCUUUGUUUUUGCGACGCAUGCUUUUGUGCGUGUGAGUUUGAGGGAAAUCCUUUCAUCGUGCGCUCUCUCGCGUGUUACUGCCACCCCAUAGCGUGCCUUUGUCUGUUGUCGAGAUGUACAAUACGAGUCUUGAGAUGGAAAUGCUCAAUGUGAGCAACGUCACUCACUGCCCAAAGAAUGACAACUUUAAAUAUCCCCUCUACAGCAUGGUGUUUAGCAUCGUCUUCAUGGUGGGACUCAUUACAAAUGUUGCUGCCAUGUACAUCUUCAUGUGUUCGCUAAAACUGCGGAAUGAAACCACUACAUAUAUGAUGAACCUAGUGGUGUCGGACUUGUUAUUCGUCCUCACUCUACCCUUGAGGGUUUUUUACUUCGUCCAGCAGAACUGGCCGUUCGGGAGUCUCCUCUGCAAGCUUUCCGUUUCGCUCUUUUACACCAACAUGUACGGGAGCAUCCUAUUCCUGACCUGCAUAAGCGUGGACCGCUUUCUGGCAAUCGUUCACCCCUUCCGAUCUAGAGGACUCCGAACCAAACGCAAUGCCAAAAUUGUAUGCGCUGCAGUAUGGGUUCUGGUUCUUUCAGGAAGCCUUCCUACGGGAUUCAUGCUUAACAGUACUAACAAGCUAGAGAACAACAGCAUCUCCUGCUUCGAGAACUUCUCCUCGAAGGAAUGGAAGAGCCAUCUUUCAAAAGUGGUGAUCUUUAUCGAGACUGUGGGGUUUCUGAUCCCACUCAUACUCAAUGUGGUUUGCUCUGCUAUGGUGCUUCAGACUUUAAGGAGACCGCACACUGUGAGUCGAGGAGGGAAGCUCAACAAGAAGAAGAUCUUGCGGAUGAUCAUCGUCCACCUCUUCAUCUUCUGCUUCUGCUUCAUCCCGUACAACGUCAACCUUGUCUUCUACUCCCUCGUGCGAACGAAUACCUUGAAAGGAUGCGCGGCGGAAUCGGUGGUCCGGACCAUCUAUCCUAUCGCUCUGUGCAUCGCCGUGUCCAACUGCUGCUUCGAUCCCAUCGUCUACUAUUUCACCUCGGAGACUAUACAAAACUCCAUUAAGAGGAAGAGCCAGGCCAACCAUUCCAUAGAUGUUAAAUUUUCGGAGGCCUUGCAGUCAGAGACGUCCUCAACCCUUCAGUUCAGCCUGAGGUCCAUCAAGAACAAGAUGUUUCACAAUGAGUCUCACGUAUGAGGGAUGACCAGUGGAUUUAAAGACACAUGAAGCACUCUUUAGCAUGUGGAUAUAUAUCGGGUUUGUUUAAUAUCUCUGAGGGCGAUAAGUAAACGGUGGGCUCUUUACCUCCCUGUGAACGCCAUCCUUCAGCCCGGAACCCUGGGGCACACCUGUCCCCCCUGGAAAUAUGUCCAAACAUUUGAAACGCGCAGUAAGGAUAAUGCAAAUAUAGAUCAGCUGGGAGUUGAUUAUAGGGUAGAGGAGAGCCUCUAACUGUUUGUGAAUGUACUUACAUUUCCAGAGUUUGGUAAGUUAAUGUGUAAAUAACAAACUAUAUGAUGUAACCACUAUUUAAUUAAACCCACAACAGAAUAAAAUGAUGUUAUUUUAUGUAUAAAAACAUUGACUGCCUGAAGUGUCAUAGUAUUAACAAGCUGAAAACUUCCGUUGGCACUUUAUAUAAUACUGUAUAUUAACUUUGCACUGGCAUUUAUACUGUCAUAAUGCACUGUUUUGAUUCUGUUACAAACUUCACUUGAAAAUAAAGUCUUAAAAUCAUA